AUCUAAAACCCUAACAAGUCCUCUCAUAUAUAAGCGAAAGAUGGAUAAGUUUUUCAGUUCUUCUUAAGAUCCGCGAAGAACACAGCCCUCUCUAACCCUAGCCGCUAAACCCAACAUCCAUUUCAUCUAUUCGAAGUAGUAGCCAUGUCGAGGAGGAAGGUUAGAGAGCCCAAGGAAGAGAAUGUUACUCUUGGACCUGCUGUACGUGAUGGAGAGUUUGUUUUUGGUGUUGCUCACAUCUUUGCAUCAUUCAAUGAUACCUUUAUUCAUGUGACUGAUUUGUCAGGAAGGGAAACUUUGGUUCGUAUUACUGGUGGAAUGAAGGUCAAAGCUGAUAGAGAUGAGUCCUCACCUUAUGCUGCUAUGCUUGCAGCUCAAGAUGUUGCUGCACGGUGCAAGGAACUUGGUGUUACUGCAUUGCAUAUCAAGCUUCGUGCUACUGGAGGUAACAAAACUAAGACCCCUGGACCUGGCGCCCAGUCUGCAUUGAGAGCCCUUGCUCGUUCUGGGAUGAGAAUCGGUCGUAUUGAGGAUGUCACUCCUAUUCCCACCGACAGCACUCGAAGAAAGGGUGGAAGAAGAGGAAGGAGGUUGUAGGUUUUCAGUCCUUUGUUCAGAUCCUGCUUUUUCAUCAUCUACACUGGUGGCAAUGCUGGUUCUGCGAAUUGGGACUUAUCUUUAUUAAUUGGGGAACUAGAUAUGUAGUUUGUGUGAGCAGUGACUUGGUUUAGAAACUGUAGCAAGAGACGACUCAAGUUACUCAUUUUUGAUGGUUUCAAGUUUGUUAAACUCUGUUGUUACCCUGGAUAUCUCAAUGACAUUUGAAUAGGCAUAUUUCUGUUUUCUUCUCACUCAUUAUCUAAGAGUGGCCGUUUCUGAUGGAA